AUGCAUAGGCAAGUUGAAUCUCAAUAUUAUCAUUAUACACCAAGAAUUUAUGUUCAUAAACGACCAUUACAUUGGUUUAUUAUGUUUAUUUCGUAUUUAUUUAUUUUUCUUCUUAUUCUCGAGUCAAUAGCAUUUAUUGUACUUGGUGCAUGGCAUCUAAGUAUUCCACGUCUUGAAAAUAUUCUUAGCUUUUCCGAUGAUAUUUAUCGAAGAGAAUUAGGUUUUGGUAUUCUUCUUGUUAUUAUUGGAUCAAUAGGUAUUCUAAUUAGUAUUAUUGGUAUUAUUGCUACGAUUACAUUACGAUUAUUGUUAUUGAGAAUAUAUGUGUCAUGUUUAUGGUUUAUGAUGAUUCUUGGUAUAGUUAUUGGGAUUAUUGGGAUUAUUUUUGCAUCACAAGUCGAUGGCUUUUUGAAUGAUGAUCGAGUUAAUAAUCCAAAUUUAGUAGAAAGUAAUUAUCAUAAAGAAAAAUUUUUAUUAGGUAUGAAUGGUGGUUUAGCAUUAUUCAUGAGUUUAACAAUGCUUGUUGGUAUUAUUAUUGUUCAUUGUUUAAUUGGCGAUGCAAAUAGUCGUUCGUAUGUUCGAUCAAAAUGA